AUGGCUGAAGAAGGACACAAUGAUAGGGAAAUGGUAAAUCCCAACAGGACACUUAGAGAGUAUUUGCAGUCCGUUAGGACUAGUCCACCCUCUUGUAUCAUUCAACCUUGGAAUGCAAAUAAUUUUAACUUCAAACCUGGGAUGAUUCCACUGCUACCACAUUUUCAUGGCAUGGAAUCAAAAAAUCCCUAUUUGCACAUCAAAGAGUUUGAAGAUGUUUGCUCAACUUUCAUGGAUAGAACAUGCACUGAAGAAGUUAUUAGGUUAAAACUGUUCCCAUUUUCUCUAAAGGAUAAAGCUAAGACUUGGCUGAAUUCCUUAACGCCUAGAUCUGAAAAUCAAAAGUUUUCAAGUGGGGGUGGAAAGUACCAUUUGAAAGAUUCUGAUGAUUUGCAUGCUAGACUUGCUUUACUCUCUAAGAAGGUUGAAUCCAUAGAGCUUAAGAAAGUCAAUGAGUUACAAGUCUUACCAUCUACUUCUGAGAAAUGUAAUAUAUGUGAAGAUCCAGGGCAUAUGACUGGUGCAUGCCCAACAAUUCCUGCUUUUGAAGAAGUUUUACUUGACCAAUCUAAUGCUGUGAAUAUGAUCUCUAAAAAUUUUUCUGGACCAUACUCUAAAACUUAUAAUUCAGGUUGGAGGAACCAUCCAAAUUUUGGUUAG